UUGCAGGGACUGCCUUUAUUCUGCAGCCACUACAGUUCGCUUUGAGGAAAAGAAGAGGGAGUUGGGCCUAACCACGAUGGAGAGUUAAAUACAGCUGUCAUGUUCUUGAUGUGAAACAGGAUACUUCUUUCUUUUGCAGCUCAGCAGGGUUUUAUUCCCACCCUUCCUUUCUCAGCUCUCUUCUACGCACGCAGAGGUAAUGCUGCAAACAGUCUGCACGAGCCCUGAGCUACUGGUCAAGCAAAACAUCACUGAAAAUGAAAGCUGUGGCUACAGUCCAGGCCAGGGAUCUCCACAGCCUGGGGAAACUGCCAGUCCCAAAAGGCAUUUUCAACAAAGCCCAUCGCUGCCAGACUCUGGAUUAACUGAACUUAAUGUUGCAAGCCCUGAGAUCCACCCAGCUCCUCCACAUAAACCUCUAGCGAUGUCUGCUCCCACUGUACAGAAAACCCUUGCUACCCUUUGCAUCACACUGCACUGACGUCUCACAGAAUCACAGAAUCACUCUGGUUGGAAAAGACCUUAAAGAUCAUCGAGUCCAACCACGACCUAACCAUACUACCCUAACUCUAACAACCCUCCACUAAACCAUGUCUCUCUAUACACCAAGAGCCACUGCAGAAAGACUUUGGACAUGGCAUCACUAUCUCAAUUCUAAAACAAUUCUAUUCCUUAUUUUUUUUUAACCAACGUCAAUAAAAUAAACUGUGGGAGAGGAAACUGCACCAAAAUAUUUACUGCAGCACACUGGAGCAGCUCGAGAAGCGAUGCGUUGCAGUAAUUGUGAGCAGGAAGCGUCUUAAUAAAAGGCCAGAGCUAAGGAAGACGUGGGGUGGUGUGGAAAUUUCCCACAAGUGAUGAUGAACACCAGAAUCACAGCUCGCAGGGUGACCUCAUCCUCCCACUGCCCUCUAACAGCUCAGAGAAUUCUGUUCCUUCAAGCAUUGUGACUUUUCCAGACUCGGCGCUGGGCUCGGAUCCCCCUCCUCGGAGGCGUUACAUGGGUGUGAGGGUGAAGAUGCCGGUGCGGGAGCUGCUGAGGAAGGUCCGGCUUUCCAGGGGGCUGCAGGCAGCUGCCAGCCAGGAAGCCUCAUCAGUGAGGACGGCAAGCAAAGGAUCCUCAGAAAAAACAGAAAAGAGAAGAGUUCACCCUUAUACAGAGAAGCAGCUUAGACAGAGCAAGCAGAGCAUCGGGCAAACGCUAAAAGGCUUAGAGGACCUGGAUAUCCUGGUGGAGGUGCUGCAGGAAGACCUGAACAAAAGCCAGCUGAAGAAGGAAUCUCUGCGUGCUGCGCCCGAUGGCUUUUGGCAGGGCUUCCCUGCAGAGCUGCAGGCCCCUUGGUGGGGAGCUGGAGGAAGCAAGCAGGCAGCUGGCAGCGUGCAGGAAAGGUGUCAAAGCUUCACCAAGCUGCGUUCUCAUUGUUGCUUUACAGACUGCAGCUCGGCAUUGCAGGAAGAGGUAGAGAGCUCCUUUUGUGAUGGUCAGAAAGACAUGCAUGAGCCUGAUUCACCAGGAACAUUCUCAAGGACAAGGGAAAAAGAAAGCAGCUGGUGGAUGCAGGGCGUGGGUAGCAGCACCCAGAAGCACUGCUGGGCACAGCCUGCACAGAGCACAUCUCCCUGCUUUGAUCCACCAGGAGCCCAUCCAGAGCCAUUUGUGGAGGCUGACAGCGACUCUUUGGGUUCCAGGGGAUGCUCAAGGCAGACCUCGAUUGCUUUCACACAGCAGGAUCUCUCCGCCAUCUCUUUCUUCCAGUUCCAGCUACACAGGGAGGAAAUCUUGCUGAGGAAUAUUCCGACAGACAAACUGCUUGCACCUGAUGAAAAUGGCAACAGGCUGCUGCACAAGGCUGUUGCUCAGGGAAGAAGAGCUCUGACUUAUGCGCUAGCACGGAGAUUUGCGUCCCUGAAUAAAAUUGACGAGAAGGAUGCAGAGAAACGGACAGCACUACAUCUUGCUGCAGAAAAGAACCAGCACCUGAUGGUCGGUGACCUUAUAUCCCUGGGGGCAAACGUCAACGAGCAGGAUGGACGGGGGAAAACCCCCCUCCACCUGUGUGCAGAGAAUGGGUACCUGCGGGUCUUAGAGGUUUUGAAAAACUGCAAAGACAGCGGUGUGUGCGUAGCAGUGAACCUGGCGGACCACUGCGGUUUGACACCACUGCACUGUGCUGCUCUUGCUCACACCAUCUUAGCCACGGAAUCUCAAAAAACCGACGGUGACAGUGACAUGGGGAGGUUCCUCAAACUACGCAAGGACCAAAUUCUCGAGGGAAUUAACUGCUUGUUGCACAUGGGAGGAAAACCGGAGCUGCAGGUUCUACGUUCAUGUCAAACUACUGCUUCCUGUUUAAAAAUUGAGGAGAACACCGAGCUGAUGUGUUUGCUCCAGACUCAUAAACCCAAGGAACUGGACAUUCUUCAAGAGAGUAAUGGUUUGCUGGAAGCUCCAGGAGUGCCGUGUCCCUCACCAGCAGAUCACUUCUCUGAGCUUCUGCCCGUUUCACCUUUGGACUUCGUUGACAUUAUUCUUAAAGGGAAAUGCUGAUAAGGCUCGUUAUCUGCAUCUCGUGGUCCGUGUGCUGCAGCUGUUGCUGAAGAAUAGGCCAAAAACAGACAGUAAAAGUCUUCAAAAGUAUUAUAGCUUGAACUGACUGUUGAAGAUAUCUCCUCAGUACCCAGCAAUCAAGAGUAAACUUGAUUGGCAGGGCAAAUCCUUAGACAGUGUUAGAUGCUCCAGUCAAUGAAUUGGUCUUAACUUUCUCAUGAAGCUGAGCAUUAGCACUGCUUUCUGGAGGGCCACUGGAACUCUAGAUGUUCUACUUUCCCAAUGUCUGAAUUUUUUUAAUGCAGCUACCAUUGGUUAAGAGGAAAACCUUCUAUUUUAGCCCUUCAGGACCUAGUCCUGAUGGUACCAAUGUAAGGUCAGUCUCUGCAGUCUGAAUUCAAGGCACUGGAAAAAGAUAACAACAAAAUCCCCCCCCUCCAAAAAAAAGACAGACCAAAACCCAAAGCACAACGCACAGCUGUGCUGCUACUGAGCAGAUUUUUUCAACAAGAGUCGAGCUGAUUAUCUAUGCAAUCAGAAUUUGCCACCAGUAAUGGACUUCAGGUGAAGUCUGGGAUGUAAAACAUUUGGAAUUAGUUUAUCUGUGAUGUUCUAACAGAGGAAUACAGCUUUAUAAAACGUAGGUCUGUAAGAAUACUUCACAGCAAUGCGCUGUUAGACCGAGCAGCUUUGCCUAAAAAAUUUUCAGCUGCCAGAUACAGAAGUAUUCAAUGGGACUGCUAGAAAUUAGGGAAUUAAUAGAAAGAAAAUUCUCUUCCCAGAUGUAAUGUCAUUUAAUUUGAACUUCUGAUUGUGAAUUAGCUGGUUUCUAUGAAACUUCCCUGUUUGCUACGUAUGGAGCAAUCUACAUUUACCUAGCUACAAAAUGAUUGAUCCAGCAAUCAACUCACAGAUAUACCUCCCAUUAAAGUAGAUGGGAGAUUUUUCACGUGUAACAUUGCAGGAUCCAGCUCUGAGUACUCAGCACGCUUGGGGAACUGAUCUUUAAUGAUCUCUUUGGAUUUUCUUGUCAAAAGGUUCCUUUUAUUUCUUCUUGGGUAUCCUUAAGUGUUAAGCUCCAAGAGCUACGUUGCACAACAUGAAGCAAGUUUUACUGAAAAGUGACAGUGUUGAAGUUAACUCCAGUGGGAUUUUGGUCCUAUCUUAUGGUUCUCAUGUUCUGAACUGCUGAUCAGGGUUGCAUUCAUCUAUGUUCAGAUUCUUGGGUCUGGAUGAGACCUACAUCAAGAUUCUUAUGUGUACCUUACAGUUUUGUGUUGCUGUUCACAUAAUGGGUUGUAAAGCUGAACAUCCCCCUCCUGCCAUAGGUGUUCUGCAUGCUUUAAUCUUUUCCCCUUUUGGGUUUCACAUGGAAAUACAAAGACUUUCCUCUUGUGCUUUGAGGUGAAGAUCCCCUCUAUUACCCUCUAUUACCACUCAUUCCUCCUUCAUGUUGGCAUUUUAACUCACAUCUGAGCUCACAGCCCUUCCUCAUGUGAAGAGAAUUAAUGAGGAUCGUCUGAGUGGUUUGGCUUUCAUUGGUGGAUUUAAGGAUCAGAUCCAACACUCAUUGAAACUGAAGACCCUUUAUGUAAAGUAAAAACGAAGAGAUGCUGCAUCGCAAGCAAAAUGAAGAAUGAAGUGAUACAGUGAACAUAGAAGAGCAUCAGUAAGCAUUUUAAGUGAAAAAAUGAUCAUUUUAUGGGAUAUCUUUAAAAGUGUAGAAAUCUACUCUAUAAGAAUUCAACUUUAAUCAAGGAGGACAGGAGCCUUAACCUAUUGUUUAUUCAACAUAUGCUAAAUUGAACUAGCCUAUGAAAUAUAUCUAUGAGUUAUAACUUAAUUGCAUUACCAUUAGUAAGUGUGCUUUACGUUGCUUCAUUGUCCCUUCCUUCAAUAAAUACAUGA